CCAGUGUGCUGCUGCUCCUCUGCGCCGCUGGUCAUCACUUUUUAAUCGGAAAGAAAAACAAAAGCCACGGUGUCGGUCUGCAGAAUAAACCACAGGAGGUGAGAGAGGGGGGGUUUCAAAGAGCGGGCGUCGCCAUCUUCUUGCUAAAAAAAACCAAGAAACAAAACAUUUAGCUAUUUAAAAAAGAUAUCUAAAGUCACGUUUUUCCAAGAUGGCAGACGCCGAACAAGUUUCCUCCACAACUCCAGGCGAAGUGGAAGAAGACGAGAUGAAGCCUUGGAGCGAGUCAGGACUGAGUCAGGCCACAGCUAAGGAACUGUUUCUGGAUGGAAAUGUAGGUUUGUUUGCUGGAGAACAGGAGGUGCAAGAUGUCCGACAAGUGCAAAAAGCUUAUGAGGAAGAAGAAGAAGAAGAAGAAGAAGAAGUGAGCAGACAGGAGGAGACGGAUCUGCACACACCCGAGAACAAAGCCGAGACUGAAUGUCUGGAGAAAUCUGUUGAUCUGAUUUCCAACCCUGUUGAGUGUGGAAGCCCUGAGGAACCUGACAGCACUCAGCGAGAGGAUGAAAUUACACCAGAGGAGCAAGAAGACUACAAACUCGUGGAUGUCAACGAGGUAGAGGAGGUACCGCUGACUGCGGCGUUCACAAAACCCAUACAAGCUUUCACACAACUGGUCCAAGACCAGGACCCUGUGGUUUCAUCUGCUGCAGAGCUUCACGAAGCUUUCACAUCGCAGGAGAUCCAGGAGCAGCCCAUCACCACGAAGCUUCAAAAAGAGGAGCUCUUCUUCAGAUCCGAGCUGGAGACACAAGAUGAGGACUUUGGUGUUGGUGCAAGCCUAAGAGGGGAAGCCUUUUCAGCUCCUUUGGAGCCCGAGAAAGCUGUGAGUUCAGUCGUGGAGGAGAAGCAAAAAGAGCCGGAGAGGAGGACCCUGGUGGAGGAAAGCUUCAGAACCGACUCCGAGUCGACUCCCGCAGCCUCUGCGUCUCCAUCAGCUCAUGAACCCAGUCUUCCUUCCUUUGCCGCUGCUCCUGCUUCUUUUCCGACUCUGAUGCAAAAUACUUCAGAAUACGAGGAUUCUUCAUUAAUAGCUAGCACACAGCCCAGCUUCAAAACAACCAUGGAUAUGUUUGGCAACGAUUCACCUUCCAGAAGCGCUCCCAGAUACGACCCAGACGUGUUGAGCCAGUCCGAUGAUGACUUGAUGUUCGAAACGAAAAGGAACCCUUUUCAAGACUUCUCACCUGUCGAGAAACCCGCCAGCGAGUUCUCCCCUUUCGGAGACACUACAGCAGACAUCAGAGCAGCAAAGAUGUCAGAUAGCCCGUCUCCUGAUCUGGUCCAGAACGCCCAUGAUGGAGAGCUGCAGGACAAUUCGCCCUUGCAGGACUACGAGCAGUCUUUCGAUUCCAGAGAAGCGGCCACAGAGUCUCUGAGGCAACAGCUUGCUUCAUCUGACUUUUUUGGGACCGGUCCUAAAGAUAACGAGGAAUCUGGAUUGCCACCGUCUCUCCCAGAUAUUUUGAAGUCUUCUCCACGCCAACACGAUAAAGUAGACUCUGGAUCUUCAGAGGGAAGUCCUGAUUUCAGUCCAGUCCAUAGAAGUGGUAACGAUUCACCGAAUGCUCCGUUCUCACUUUCAGCAAACAAUCCAUUUGCUUUCGAAGCCAAGGUUCCUUUGGUGAAGGAGAUGGCUGAGGAGACCGAGGCGAGGGCUGCAGAAAAGGCGAGGGUCGAGAAAGAAGACGAAACGGCUUCAGAGCAAAUGUUUGGCACGUUUGAUCUCGUUAAGGAGGCCGAAGUUUCUCCGAAAGACAUCGAAACCAUCGUUGAAGAGCAAGACGAUUUUAAGACUUUGAGCCAAGAUUCUGCUCAGAUGGUUGACAAGUUCGAAUGUCUUAGCUUCCCAACUGGAAAGGCCCAAGAACACUCUGACUCUGAAAGCCCAUCUGCAGAUUCACUCUCUCCAGUCUUGGAGGCCAUGGCCAAGAACCCAGCAAGUUUCCAGAUCGAACACGAGAAGAACGUCGUCGAGGAGGAAGUGGAGGCCGCCGACGAGGUUUCCGAGCAAGAGGUAUCGUCCGAAGAGUUCGAGUUUGUUGAGAAGCCACCUCGAGGCGCUGUCGACGAGUUUCUGGAGACGCUCGAAAACUCGAAGGCAUCAGAAUUGGCCGACGACGACGAGGAUGAGGACACGGCUAAAUUUACAGAGCAGGUCGAAGAGCCGAUCACGGCUGUACAGGAAACGAAGAAUCAGUCAUACUUUCUCCUUACCGAACCAUCAGACGAGACCUCUCCGGCGAGAGGCAAAGCAGGCCUAGAGUUGUCCGAUUUCCAAGUGCCCUCCCAGGCUCCUCCGGCACCUAGUCCUGUGGUCAAAACCGAGACGGUGGCUGUGAAGAAAGCAGACCCUAAAGAUCUGAAGCUACCUAACCUGAACACAGGAGCAGUGGUGGAGCUGCUGUACUGGCGCGACGUGAAGAACUCGGGCAUCGUGUUCGGAGCGAGUCUCCUGCUCCUGCUGUCUCUCAGCGUGUGCAGCAUCAUCAGCGUGCUGUCCUACGUGGCCCUGGCGCUUCUCUCCGUCACCAUCAGCUUCAGGAUAUACAAGGGGGUGCUGCAGGCCAUCCAGAAGAGCGAUGAAGGCCACCCGUUUAAGCUGUAUCUGGAUCAGGAAGUCUCUCUGCCUGAGGAGGUGGUCCGCAAAUACAGUGACGUAGCCCUCGGCCGGGUCAACACCGCCAUCAACGAGCUGCGCCGCCUCUUCCUGGUCGAGGACCUGGUCGAUUCCCUGAAGUUUGCCGUGCUCAUGUGGAUCCUGACGUACGUCGGUGCCUUGUUCAACGGACUCACUCUUCUCAUCCUGGGUCUGGUUGCGAUGUUCACCUGCCCCGUAGUGUAUGAAAAACAUCAGGCACAGAUCGACCAUUACAUCGCCCUGGUGAGGAACCAGAUCAAGGAUAUUGUUGGAAAGAUCCAGGCUAAAAUCCCGGGAGCGAAGAAGAAAGCGGAGUGAACGGCGUCAGUGUUUCGGAGCACGGGGUUUUUUUUCCCCUGUGCCCUGUUUCGCUCUCAUUUUCACGAAUCUCUCCACUACACAAGCCGUCACACCCAGUGGAAACCCUGAUCCAUCUUCUUUCUGCCUUUUUUCUCUUUCUCUCUCUCUCUCUCUCUCUCUCUCUUCAUAACCAGUCGCUACAAUGAAGUUGUAAACCUUUUUUUUGAGCCACUACUUAUUUAUCUCGACACACUGACUGGUGUAUGAUAAGACAAGCCUCGUGUUUCCUGACAGAGCGAUUAUAGUAUUCCAUUAACUGGGUUUCUUCAUCAUCUAGGUCCUUACGUGUUUCAGAAAUAAUUCAGUUCAUUUACAUUGUGUUUAUUUUCCUUUUUUUUUUUUUUUAAUGAGGGAGACUUUAACGGUACCGUUUUUUGACCUCGGUAUCUGUCCGUAUAUUUUCUUUUCUUUUUUUUUUGGUAUGAUUUAGUGUUCCUGUAAUUGUACUGUUUUAUUGAUGAACUGUGUAGAAACCUUUCACCAACAGCUUCUCGCUCUCCUCAAGCGGCUCUCAGGAGUUGCUCCAUAAAGCACUUCAUGCUUCUGAUGUAUUUCUAGGCCAAUUAGACUCGUGCUAAGAGACAAGAGCGUACACAUAUUAACCAGACGCCAUUUCACAUCAUCGCAGCUUAUUUAGUGAAAUCUCUGGAACGGAAAGAACGAAUGAAAAUGAAAAUAAAAACACGUUUACAAGACAUUUGACUUAGAGAAAUAUUUAAAAGGAAAAAAAAAAGUUGUUUAUUUGUGGACCCAAUACGUAAAGCUGCAGCGUUUAUGUAACAUGACUUUAACACAUUGUUUGUUAUGCAAGUAAUCGUGAAUGAUAAAUCAUGCGGUCGUGGUGAACAUCUGUGGAAUGCAUUGUGAAAUGUAAAACAAGCACCAAUAAAGCUUCUAGACAAAAUCA